UGAAAUGCCUUUCUCAAUUCUCACUUGACAUUCCCCUGCAGUUAAAGGACAGCAGAGAUACAAGAAGAAAAAAAAGUCAUGGUUUUUUAAACUGGAAUAUUAACCAUUCAUAACACCGGAUACGAAAGAUGGACGUGAGUGAUGCCCAAUAGAAAAAAGGAAGAUUUCGAAAUGAUUCCGUCAGUCAAUUGGGAAGUAACGACGCAGUUAACGAAUCCGCCCCCGAAUAUUUGCCUGGACCAAUGAGAAGGCUGGUGUGAAUCGCGAGCGGGCUUCGGACUGGGGGGGUUCUUUAUGCGGCAGCGCAUGCAGGAUUUGGCAAAGCGGUAAAAACAAGCGCAGCUGCGGCGGGCGGUGAAACGGACUUAACAGAAAUCUUACCAAGUGAGAGUGUGAAUCAGCUGCUAGGUAUCUGAAAGAGUGUGCUAUCUCCAUGUAUCCUGAAUCAACCACUGACUCUCCAGCUCGACUCUCACUGCGACAAACUGGCUCUCCAGGCAUGAUCUACAGUGCUCGUUAUGGGAGCCCUAAAAGGCAACUGCAGUUUUACAGAAAUCUUGGAAAAUCUGGACUGAGAGUGUCUUGCCUUGGACUUGGAACAUGGGUAACCUUUGGAGGCCAGAUUACUGAUGAGAUGGCAGAACAGCUGAUGACGCUGGCAUAUGAGAAUGGGAUCAAUCUGUUUGACACAGCAGAAGUCUACGCCGCGGGCAAGGCAGAAGUGGUGCUCGGAAGUAUAAUAAAAAAGAAAGGAUGGAGGAGAUCCAGCUUGGUCAUCACAACAAAAAUCUUCUGGGGUGGAAAGGCAGAAACUGAAAGAGGACUGUCAAGAAAACACAUAAUAGAAGGCCUAAAGGCAUCUUUAGAGCGUCUACAGUUGGAGUAUGUCGAUGUGGUUUUUGCUAACAGGCCCGAUCCCAACACUCCUAUGGAAGGAGACCCAUUUAGUACAUCAAAGUCCAGAACAUUCAUCAUCGAAGAAACUGUCAGAGCUAUGACUCAUGUGAUCAACCAAGGAAUGGCCAUGUACUGGGGAACCUCUCGAUGGAGCUCCAUGGAAAUAAUGGAAGCAUAUUCUGUAGCACGACAAUUCAACUUGAUCCCACCUAUUUGUGAACAAGCAGAGUAUCACAUGUUUCAAAGAGAGAAGGUUGAAGUGCAGCUCCCUGAACUCUUCCACAAAAUAGGGGUGGGAGCCAUGACGUGGUCCCCACUGGCUUGUGGUAUAAUUUCUGGAAAAUACGACAGUGGGGUACCACCCUACUCAAGGGCCUCUCUAAAGGGAUACCAAUGGUUAAAAGACAAGAUCCUGAGUGAAGAGGGCCGGCGUCAGCAGGCGAAGCUGAAAGAGUUGCAGGCCAUCGCAGAGAGGCUGGGCUGCACACUGCCGCAGCUAGCCAUUGCCUGGUGUCUGAGGAACGAAGGUGUCAGUUCAGUUCUUUUGGGGGCAUCUAACACAGACCAGCUAAUGGAGAAUAUUGGUGCAAUCCAGGUCCUUCCAAAGCUGUCAUCUUCCAUUGUGCACGAGGUGGACAGCAUUUUGGGUAACAAGCCGUACAGCAAAAAGGACUACCGGUCCUAAUGGUUGAUGAGCAGCUGCGGCCUGCUGGACUGGCGCCGCUCAACUCCUCGACCUCUGCCUGCUCCUGUUUAUGCUUGAGCUUCUACUGAAUGAGAACUGAACUUUUGGCUUUGGUCAACACUCCGCUGAUAUUGGAGGGAGGUGUGACGGAGCCGAGAGCUGACCGCGUUCUUUACAAAUUACAGUAAUGCAACUGAACAAAACAGCAGUGGCUCGCUUGGCAGACUAAAACGUUUAUUCCCUUCCGGCUUUGUUUGUUUUUCCUUUAUUUUUUUUACUUAUUUGAAUGGAUGAGCAGGAGGGCACCUUCUAAGGUGUCAGCUUUAUUUGUGCUUCCUCAACCAAAGCCAUGCUGAACUGAGCACGCAACGGACAAAGGGGUAAAUGGUCCUGUUUUGGGGUCGGUGGGUCGGGCACUAAGGGGCUUAGGAGACGCUACUCUGCCAUGCAUGGUCUCCCUGACUGGGAGCGCUGCUGCUUCCCUUCUCCUGACAGUCCUUAAAGGAGUCCAUUUGUUUUCAAGGUUUAAACCUCAUCCACGCUGCAGACACACACACACACAUAUAUAUAUAAUAUACACAUUUACAGUCCAAGUAUAUACUGUAUACGCACAUAAACAUGUAGCAUGGUCAAAUGUAAGCUAGUGUGAGGCUGGCCCACUUGGUCUAAGAGCUUCUUUAAUCAAACGCAUGUGCCGAGUUCAGUUGCUUUUUCAUAUCAACUUCACCAAUGGGCACACACCUCUUUUGCCCCCUCUUGUAUCUGUGCCCCUCCAACAAGCAAUACUGACAAUGCUGGCUGGAACUGAAGCUGUGACGCACUGGCGCACAUUGCUGCACUACUCCCUGCACUGAUGGUAUGUGAGGGGCUGCCAGCCUGACAUCUUAAUGCAGUAGUCAGCGACUGUGCCCAUUGCCACGCUCUGCCUGGUUUAUUAUUAGUAACCAAAGGGGUAUGAAGCCAUGUGUGAGGCAGCAGGCAUCUCUGCUGCCAACAAAUGCACGUUAAAGUGAGGAGUGAGAGCGACUGUAAAUAUGAGAGCUACAUAACUAUUACACGGGGACCAACAGGGCAGCAGAUGGCACUGGGGCCUCUGUAAGACCCCAUUCCAGUAGGACUCCCGAGUGCUUUUCUUUUAGAGCGUGUCACAUCUCUCGACUAACUCCGUUUAGCUCCUCCAUUCUGAAAGCCUUGUCCUGUGAUAGUGGAGCUGCCUAUGAAGUGCAUCUUUUUCUUGAAACAUAUUUUUAGGUGACCUCUUGGUGACGCAGCUAAUUGACAAAUUUCAAGUGUCAGCCCAUCUAGUAAAAGGUGACUGAUGAUUUCACAGGUCAGUUAAUGUUCAGGUCACUGCAGUGCUCAGUGCUUUGCCACCAUUGCACUCCCUGGGUUAAAGUAAAGCUUUGACAGCUGGCAUUACCUUCAGACCACUGUGUGCUGAACUGGAGUCCCGACCGGCACCAUUUUUGAGUUCCUCAUGUAAAGUCAAAUGAGAUUCGUAAUCCUUUGGUGGACUUCAUCUUAUCAUCUGCGGCAAGCAGGCACUCUCUAUUACGGGGAUGGGAUACGUGUGUGUGUGUGUGUGUGUGUUAUGGUCACCAGGGGGUUACGCUGUGCGGGUCAGUGCUAGAAAGCCCAAGGUCCAAUGAUAAUUCAGUUCCUUGGUGUUUGCUCAAUUGACAAUGUCGAGCUGCUUUACCCCUUGGGAGGCUGCACUGGAGGCUCGACGAUGUUGGCGCCAUGGGCGUCCCUGCAGGCUCCACAGUGGGAGUCUGCACUGCCGAGCUGACGAUGCCCGAGCCCAACUCUGGAUGUAUAUACUCUGUAUAUAAGGCCUCUGUGGUUGUGCUCAGUUUUGCUUUUUCAUUUCGUAAGCAUCUGCUGCCUGCAUCUUGCUUCGAGGUCUGACUCUGGACAGACAACAUGUACAGCUUCACUAUUUAUGAAAUGACAAUAAACACACAAAUCUGUUCAA